AAAUGCCGGUCCUUCGACGAAUGUGCGGCACUGCUAACAGUAUUCUGGGAUGUGUUUGCAACGCGGUGACCUUAUGUCAUUUUAUUAACACAUAUUUCUCCGUGCGUUAAUGCGAUACGACGUUCACGAUGGAUGUACAGCAUAUGCAUCAAAUGCCGAAUAAAAGCGAGGCAGAUAUGACUCCAGAAGAAAAAUGGAGAGUGCAGCAUAUAAAGAUGCACGAAAAGCAUCGAGGUCACGAAUCUAUGCACGCAGAGAUGCUGAUUAUAUUGUUAGUAACGUUAACAGUAGCACAGAUUGUACUAAUCGAAUGGAAGAAGAGGCACUUUAAGUCGUACCAGCUUGUAACACUAGUAGCCAUGUGGAUUAUUCCAUUUGGAAUUAGCUUGAAAAAUCACUGGUGGAGAUUUAUAUUUUUAUGGCUUUUAUGCUCAUGUAUAACAGGUUUAGUAGUAAGAAAAGCCAUUCAGAGACCAAUAGAAGGCACUACGCCUAGAUUAGUGUACAAAUGGUUUUAUUUUAUUUAUAAACUUAGCUAUGCGCUGGGUAUAAUUGGACAUAUGCUAGCUAUAUUUACGUUUCUUGGUAUAAAUAUUAUAUUAAAUAUUAAGCCUGAAGUUUGGAUUGAUUGCGGUUUCUUAUUCCUAUUUUAUGGUCUUUACUUUGGAGUAUUAGGAAGAGAUGUUGCUGAGAUAUGUGCCGACAAAAUGGCGUCGCAUAUUGGGUAUUAUACUCCGGAUAGUAUUCCGACCAGGGUUUUGGAGCCAAAUGUUUGUGCAGUAUGCGGAAAUAAACUUCUAGUUUCCGAGCACGAGAAAGGCGUGAUCGAAAAUACGUACAAGCUUACUUGCGAACAUGUUUUUCACGAAUUUUGCAUUAGGGGAUGGUGCAUUGUGGGAAAAAAACAAACCUGCCCUUAUUGCAAAGAAAAAGUUGACUUAACGAAAAUGUUCUGCAAUCCUUGGCAACGGCCGCACAUUUUAUUUGGCCAAUUGCUGGAUUGGUUAAGGUGGCUGGUUGCUUGGCAACCAUUAAUUUUAUUUCUAGCUCAAGGUAUCUAUUGGACUCUGGGCCUUGAAGUAACAGAUACGAAGGAAGAUCAGCACGAAAAAACAUUGUCAAUAUAACGGCUGAUUAACGACGCACGCUCUAUUGUUAUAGUUUCUCUGCUAGUACCGACAGAUAAGUUCCUAUUUGUGUAUUCGAAGUCUUUUGCUAAAAGGUAGCAGAUCUGAGAAAGAAUGAUCUCGUUAGACGUGUAUGAAGUCCAAGAUAGCUGUGUAUGUGUAUGCGUGUAGGCACAGAGUAACAAAGAGAGAGAGAGAGAGAGAGAGAGAAGAGAGAGAGAGAGAGAGACAUAGAGAAAUAAUGAUAACAACUUGCCAGUGAUGUUACUAAAAGACUUUAAUUAACUUUCUCGUUAUUAUCGAUAGAAAAACAACUUUCAUCACAUCACGUUAUCCAUAGGUACUUGUCAGACCACGUCGGACCCGUCGUGAGACUAUAUAUAUAAUUCGUAUUUAUAUUUAUAUACAUAUAUAUUUGUCUAUAAACCUAAAGUCUUUCACGAACAUUUUUAUGGGAUGGGAUUACGAAGACGAGGCGCGCAAGAGGAUGACGCGGGGAAAGUAAGGUGAGACGAAGUAACAGAGGCCAGGGGAUGAGAACACUUAACGACGAAUACCCUUCAACGGAUCCGAUGAACAGAGGAAUUAACGUUAACUCGAGACGUAGUCUUUGGCUUGUUGGAUGGUUCAGACGCCACGAUACGACGGGAUCGUCGGGAUGGGUUCAGGGGCAGACAUUCACAAACACGGGGAAAUUUUAUAGAUAUAUUUAUUGAGUACUUAGCGUGUAAGAGUAUAGAAUAUAUGUUACCUUAUUGUUAAAUAUCAUUACAUGGUAAAUAUAUUUACAUAUAUGUAUAUAUAUAAAUGCUUGCACAUCUAUAUAUAUACGUAUAUAUCUCGUGAUGUAGAUCUUUAAAAUAAACCUUGCGCGGGGCACGCGCGCGCGCGCGUUUAUACGUGUGUGUGUGUGUGUGUGUGUGUUCAAGAUAUUUACAUAAUGAUCGCAAUUAAUAUGUACAAGUUCACGAAAAAACGGAAAGUAAAUUACAGACGAACGGGCGAGCGUUGCGUAUCGACCGUGCCGGUGAUCGUCGAUUCGCCGGUUCGAGUCCCUUGCGAGGAUUCCGGAGUUGUUCUCGGGACCCGAGCCGCGUUCACCGUCACGCCAAUAUGCCAAGAAUAGAUGCCAGUAAAAUUUCUAUCUCCUCAGUGUAUAAAUUGACCGUCGUCUUUAUAUGAAAGUAUAAAGGUCGCUACGGUGUGAUGAUUUUUUUUCCUCUUUCCUUUUGCGGGCACGGGUGUACGAAACUACCAUCGCUACGGAUAAUUGUAGGUACCCUAAUUAACAACAUCAAUGUCGCGUACGAUUGUGGCUUUUCCCUUUUUUUUACUUAGCAGCUCUCUUUUCUUUAUCUCGCCGCCCGCGAGCGAUUACGGAAGCCCUGCGCGACGCUUCGAAUACGGCAAAGAUACGAUUAAAAAAAAUCGAGCACGAGGUUCGUCGAAGAUCCAGAAUAAAAAUUGCAACGCGUAGUCACUGCACCAGUCACUGUACAACAGCCAGUAAAUGACUGUUUAAAAAAAAAUAUUAAAAUAAGAUUUUAAAAUAAUAAAUUAAUAUUUUUUUUAUUUAAUUUUUAUUCAAAGAUUAAAAUAUUUUUUUUAAUGUAAUUAUAUUAUUUUAUUCGUUGACUAGUUUAAUUUCUUAUUAAUUGGUACAGUGACAAUAUAAGGCUCUCAAGACACUUCUUUGGAAACCCCGAGGAAGCUUAUGUCACAAUUUGGAAUUAAUAAAGCGUGGUAUCGUGAUCUUAAAUAUAAAAAAUCCAAACUAGAAACAAAAGAAGAAAAAGACGAAAAAAAUAAGGUUCAUCGCGGCAGUCAGUAAACCUUGAACCAGACGCAUCACGAUAUCCGAAAUGUCGCGAGGACUCCGUGACGUAUCGGUCGCGGGGCCGCGAGAAGCGCUCCGUCGUCAACGGAACGAUAUAUCAUUCAUUUUCAGUCGUAUUAUAUAUGUACAAAACGAAAUAUCACGCGACCGCCGCAAUUUCCCGGUGGCGUAUAGAAAGAAGCGCUGACGAGCGCGUUCGAUGAACAAUGUCUCUCGCGCGACUCGCCUGUAUACAUUAUUUAUAUAUAUAUAUAUAUAUA